AUGCUGAAAGACCGCUAUGCAAUUGAUUAUUAUGAGGCCUCGCUGAAGUUCAGGCUGCAGGGUCCUGGGCUGAGGCUCCAGGAGGAGGAGGAGGAGGAGAAGGAGCAGGAGGACCAGGAGGAGAAGGAGGAGGAGGAGGAGGAGGACCAGGAGGAGAAGGAGGAGGAGGAGGACCAGGAGGAGAAGGAGGAGGAGGACCAGGAGGAGGAGGAGCAGGAGGAGGAGGAGGACCAGGAGGAGGACCAGGAGGAGGAGGGGGAGGACCAGGAGGAGGAGGAGGACCAGGAGGAGGAGGAGGACCAGGAGGAGGAGGAGGACCAGGAGGAGGAGGACCAGGAAGAGUAG